GGCGUUUCGUUCGGACAAUUUCCCCGUUACGACUUUCCUUCGUGGCGGCCUUCUCCUCGCCUCUGUUCCUACAUCGAGGCGUCACGUAUCGACGUUUCGUCGUGUCGACACUGCUGGCCCGCUGUCCUGUCGCCAAACGUCCAAACGUCUCUCCUGUCUUCGAUCCUCUUCCGCCGAUAUUCCAAAUUUUCAAAUCCCCGGGGAACAACGAACGUGGUACAGUGGUUACAAGUGAAAUUACAUACAAGUGAUGGUGAUCAUGGACAGUGAGCGUUGACGAUUUCUGCCAGAAGAAGAAGAAGAAGAAGAAGAGACGCACGUGCGCGAGCAUACUUUCGAUCCGACUUUCUAUUAUUUUUCGUCGGAAUUUUUCUCGGCUCGGAAUUCCUGUGUCAAAUUCAUUUCGAUAUAAUCGCAUUUCUAUUUUUCUCGCUCCCAGCUAAACUGUUCAAAUCCGGUUCAGAUCCGGAUCCGGUUAAUCGACUCGGCUAUGGAUAUUAAAGAUAUUUGAAAAAAAAUAUCUUGGCAAUUUCGUUAGAUUGUGUUAUGUGCGUUAUUCCAGCAAAUUGGAACGUGGACUCGGAAGCGGAUCGGAAAAGUGGGAUAAAAGAAUCGAGAAGCUCAAAAAGGGAGAGAGAGAAGCAAAAUGAGGAUAACUUGCUUACUCUUUGGCCUCUCGUUGCUGUUGGUUUACGUGCACUCCAAUCCGAUCGUCAAGAGGGAGACGGAGCCCGUCGAGCUCAAUCCAUUGAACGAGAUAUACGUGGUGGAGGCCGAGGAUGACCGAGGGGGCGAGGAGAGGGCCGACAGGGACAAGAGGAAGAUCGCAGUGGCGAAGCUGGGCGUAUCCAACGGCAUAAUCAAUUUCGUCUUCAACAAACUGGAUUCGUUGAUCGACGCCAAGACGAAAGCUCUGAGCGAUCUGGACGAGACGAAUCGAAUAAAGAACAAGGCUUACGGGAUCGACGUGAACAAGUCUGCGACCAGCAAGUUCAUCAGCGAGCUGGUGAACGCGAAAAUUCAAUCGGCGACAGGGAGCAUCGGGCCGGUGGUGAGCACUGCCCAAAACUUCUUCUCGAACACGAAGAGCGGAUUGACGAAUGCGUUCGUCUCGAAACUGGCCCCCCUCAGCUCCAUCGCCACCGGUUUGAGCUCUCCGCCCUCCACUGGGGACAACAAGGAGAAUUACGAAACCAAAACGUCGAACGCACUCAACUUUCUAGGAAACAUUUUGAACGCCCAGCUUGGCGUGUUGUCGAACUCGAAGGGUCUUUCUAGCGAUUCGCCGUUUUCCGAAGGGAUCUCGACCACGACGGAGGAUAUCCCCGAAUUCGAUAGAACGAAGGUGAACUUGGACAUACCCCCGAUGGUGUUCGGUAGCGGUUUCACAACCAUCACCAAUAUCAGCAAAAUCCUGAGCAACGUGAUCACCAACUCAGCCCGUCGAACGCAAACGUUGCUGGAGGUGUUCAAACCGUUCUUCCGUGGAGUAUUCGCGAUCAAGGGCCUAUCUUCGGAUUAGAAGAUGCUCCUCGAGGAUCAUAGAAGGAUGCUAGGACCAAUUGCCAUCUCACUCAUGGAGCAUUUCCACGGAGAAUUCCCGUUUCGAGGGACCGUGCAAAUGAUAGCCUGAGAAAUGAUAGUCUAGAUAGAAUACGAAUUUUAGGGGUCGCAGAGAUCAGCGUAGUUAAAAGGUGAUUGUUGGAAAGGGGGGAAUAAUAUUUAAUUGUGCGUCCCUUGUGCAAGAACCGCCAAGAAAUUUCCUCUUCGCGCGUGAAAAUAUUUAUUACAAAUUUUCGAGAAACGUGUCAAAAAUCUUCAUUGUUUCAUCUUAUAUACAAAUUAAUGUCGAAUAAUGAUGGCGCGCGUCCCGUGGUUCCGGCGUGAAAUGUAUACGCGUUUACAUGCGGCCGUUCACGGGUGAUCAAACUUGGCGUUUCCUUUUGUACGUAAAUUCGUUGCCAUAAAUUGCGACACUGUUUGCCAGAAAGUGUAGCUCGCGUGUCGUAAAACGUACGUACGUAACGAUGUAAUAUUUUACAUCAUACGGCUAUUUAACGUACCGUGAGCGUAAAGUUCGCUCCUCGGCGGUUGUAACGUUGUAACGAACAUACGCUUGCUUGAUUUAAAGCUUGUUAAUUGCGUUUCCGACGAGCCGUGUUAAAAUAAACGUGCGAGCAUAUCGAAUCGAUUAAACUCUUCACUCCUUACUUCCUUACUGUAUGUAAAACGCGAAUCUUAAAAUACCAACUUAUCGUAUUGAUUUCUUUUCCUGAAUUCUCUCGGAGAAGUCUUUUUUUUCUUUCUUUUUCUUUCUUUUUAGGUAAGAUGAAGCAAACACCCGUCGUUAAAAUUAAUCGUCCAUAAUAUCGAUAACGCGUCCCUUCUGCUCGGAUGAAAAGAAACUUUGUCGCGCUACCUCGAAUCUAAUUGCGCAAUCGUUUACUAAUCGAAUCGUAAUAGUGUGUAUGUAUGGAUUCGUUCCGAAUAUUAGCUAAUAUAAUAUCCAUUUAACUGGCUUGGUUCAAAAUUUGGAAAUCGUACAAGGAAUUUAUAAAUACGUAAAUUUAUAAAUAUACAUGUGAUUUUAAUCGUGA